AUGCUUACAUGUAAUAAUACUUGUCGAAAACUGUUGGCCCAUGAAGUUGCAAUGAGCCCGCUCGAGAACAAAGUUCCACCUAAAACAGCAAUUUUACGAUAUCCAAAACACUUCAAAAGGGCUCCAUUAAAAAGUCCCAAAGUCAUUCCAAGCGCUGAGUUAAGAUUUAAUAUUAAAGUCGCAUCGAGUGCCGUCAUGUUCAGCUCUCGAAAUUUAUCUUUGAAAAUUAAACUGAAGCUUGUGAGUACGGGAACAAUCAACACCUGA